UAGUUAGUAACGAGAUUUCGAGCGCACAACGUUGACGUCGCGGUUGAAAAUCGAAAAUCGGCCAAAGGCGGCUGAAAGCUCACAUAAUUUACAGUGCGUACUGCCUAUGGUGAACCCCCUUGCGUCGCUGAGUGUGCAACUGUGUGCGGGCGCAGACAUGAAGUGAAUAAGAAAUUGGAAAAGCACUAAAACAUAACAUAUAUGUAAAAAAAAAUAUAUUCAGAAAAAAAACCGAAAAAAAACGCAAAAGAAAACGGCAAGAAACGUGGGUAAGGCCAAAAGCGAGGCAAAAACCGUCUAAAAAGCAGCAGCAAUAGCAAAACACCACCACCACACCAGCUCGACGCUAAUCAGAAAAUAUUUCUUUAAGCCCAUCAUCCAUCGCGCCCCUCAAAUCGAAAAAGCGCGAAAUAUUCAUUUCGGCCACAAACGAACAGAAUGCACAGAACAGAGAAGCAUUCGGAGGCAUUCCAGCUGAGAGUCAGCCCCGAAUUCCAUCGGAAGGAUUCCGGUACAGAUCUGCAGAUGUCUAGGAAAAAAUGCAAUAAUAACCAACAGCGACGAGGUCGUCGAAGGCGAACGGACUUGGGGAAUCCGCUGGGAAUCCAUGGGUCCAUCAGUCUUGCUAUUCUGAUGUUGACCAUUUGCAUGGCCAACACGUCGACUGCCGUGCCCGCCAUGGAAAGCAGCAGUGCAUCCUCCGCAGUCGUCACGGUCGCGGUCACGCCGAGCAUCCUGUCGAGCAGCUCCAGUGGCGGCAGCGUAGGCGGAUUCCACGGCCUCGCGGCCAGCUCCACGGAAUCCCCAUCCUCCGCAUCUCCGGAGCAGCAGCAGCCGCAGGGCCAAUGCCUGCAGGAUGGACUUUGGGUGGCCGAAUCCGCGACCCGUUGCCAAUACCAAACUAGCUGUCGUGCCAUCCAGCGCACUGGCCACUGCUGCCCCGAUUAUAAAUGCGAUUGCGAAAAGGAUGGCAAAACUUAUGCCAAUGGUGAUAAAUUGGUUGCCCCGGACACGCCGUGCACCGUGUGCUACUGCAAAGUGUAGCAAAUAUUGAAUGACACACACCCUCAUUCAGCAAUAUUUUCGUAGAAUUUUCGACUAUUGGCAUAAACACACUCCAUUUGUUGCAGGCGGCGAGAUUGUUUGCAGCCCGGUGACCUGUUACCGGCGAGAUGACUGCAUGCCCAAAUACGUGCCCGGUCGCUGCUGUCCGCAGUACGACAAUUGUCCAAUUCUCGAUAAUAAUCCACCGCUGGCCAGCGAACCCGUGAGCAGCUCGACUACUACCACGGCGAAACCGAUGGCACUGGCUCAGCCGGCUGGAUUCAACUGGAACAUCACCAUCAAAGAGAUCACCAAGCCAACGGAGAUCCGCAUAACCGAUGACAACAAAGCCAAGCCAUCGAUUCCGACCAGAAAGCAGAGCAAUUUGAUGCUCACCACCGAGGGACCUGCAGCACCAGUAACCAGCAGCUCCCUGGACACCACCACAGCAGGAUCAGCAGGAGCGACGGGAGCAGCAGCAACAACAGCAGCAGCACCGGCAAGCAGCAGCACUGCAGCAGCAGCAGCAACAUCAUCCGCGACGGCAGCAACACCAACGGACUCGACAGCAACACCAAUGCCCAGCCAAGACGGCAACCAGAAAGCACUUCCAGGCGGCACCGAGAGCUUAAAGCUCAUCGCCUCGGUUGGCUACAUCGAAAGACCCCUCUCGCCUAGCAGCAGCAUCAUAGUGGAGCAACAGGUGAAGCCGCUGGUCACCUACAACGCCGACGGACUGCAGCCGCUGACCAGCAACGAUCCCAGCAAGGUGAACAUCAAGCGGGAGUACACCACCGAGGGAUCCACACUGAGCACCAAGAACUACGAGGAAUCCGCACUGCCCAUAUUCGUGCAGAAUGGCUUCAGGGAUUCGCUGGUGGAGCCGUCCGAUGCGGAACUUGAACCCGAUACGGCGGGCAGUGAUAACAUUUACCACAUCAUAUCCACCACCGAGGGACCUGGAACCGUUAUCAAAGUGACCACGGAUGCACCACCAAAGCCCAGCGAGACCUCACCCACCAUCCAAACCGUGAUCAGCCCAAACACCACCAAGUCAGACGUCGAGAGUAGCUCCGAUUCCGUCGCAGUAAGCAGUGAGAUGCCGCCAGUGAGCUCCACUCAUCACAUGGACGUGGAUGAUGAUGUACCUCAAGUGGAAUCCAAUCCAGCCUAUCCCUCGCUGCCCGAGGACGACUUCAGUCUGCGAGACGUAAACUUUCCGCUCGUCGAGCUGGAGGACAUAGCCGAGUCCGAGAAGGAUGAGCCUCGGAGCAUACCCAGCCCCUUUGAGGUGGACCACAGGCAUGUGAAACUGGCGACCGAUACCAGCCUGGAUGGCAGUGGCAGCGGAAGUGGUGGUGGCGACAUCGAUCUCUACCAGGAUAAGUCUUCUACCACCGAGGAAAUGAUGGCGUCCGGCUCAUCCAUUCACGAGAAGAGCUCCCUGGUGCCACUGCUGAUGUACAGUGGCGAGGAUAUAUCCGGGGAGACGCGCAUCCAGAACGGCAGCGAUCUGCAGCUGGAGAAGAUCAGCCAGGGUGAGGAGGUUGAGCUUGGCAGUGGGGAAAUCAGGGAGCCCGUCACCCCCAAAACCAAUGCCGUAUCCACGCUGGAGAUCGAUGAACUGGGCUCGGGAGCGGGCCAGGUGGGCGGUGUGGAUCCCAAGGCCGAUGCCAAGAGCCUGAAGCUGGACGAGAGCCAGGAAACGGUGGCCAGGACCAGUGCCAGUGGACUGGACAAAUCGUCGGCGAGGGCCGAGAAGAGCUUUGUGGAGCGGGCCCUGCCAUUGGGGCGUCUAUACCUCCAGCGCAUCUACUGAGGAUCGCCGCCUGGAGUGGCUCUACUUGACAUAUUUAACCCUUUUAUUGUACAUACGGACACCAUGGGGCCUAGUGGCCUGCAAAGCAGCGAAUAUCCAACCAUUCAAGUGAGCAGAAUGGCGGCAGAUUGUUAGGUUUAAGUAGCCAGAAGAAAGGGGAAGAAGAUUCCAUUAUCAUUUCCAUAGACUGCAUAGAACGACCUUUGAAUUUAUCAACUUUACGAACGUAAUCAUUAACUAACUAAUGUAUGAUUAGCAGAUUAGCAAAGCUGGGCUCCCCAAAUGCAAUAACGAAAUGUUUCCAUUAUCUGGCAAUCCAUAUUGCUUAGUUAUACUUCUAAUUUAUACGUACUGAGCUAAGUGCACUGAAAACAAAAUCAACCAUUGUCCCCCACAUUUGAAAAUCAUCGAAUAAGUCGCAACAUAAACGAAGGAGAAAUUAUUUAACUUGUUUUAUCCCAUCAUGAUUUUAUUUAAUUUGUAAUUUAUUUCAUAACGAAUGCAAAUGAUUUUGAGAAAUGGUUUAAUGCAAUGGCCAACUGUGUAGUCCUCUUUGAAUUGAAAAGCUUUUAAGUUUAGACUGAAUAUGGCAAAGUUUUAAUUUAAAGCAAUUUACUCCUACUUUAACCAUAAUUUAUAUACAAUUUAAACUAAUUUUACUUUGACAUUGAGUCUUGAUAAUUAUCGUUGGAUUUUCCUAGAAAGGAAAAUCAAAAGCUCGAGUGAAUUUCAAAGCUGACGAGCGGAGAAAAGUGUCAAAAUGAAAACGCAGUCAUUCUUUAGUUAGUACGUACGAGUAUAAUAAAUAAUUAAUUACCUAUAUGAACAUAAUUUAUUUAGGCGAUGAUCGUGCACACUAUCACUCACACACAUACCACACAGAAUUUUUGAGAUAAUUAAAAUAUAUUAUGAAAAUACUUUAACUAGCGUAAAUUUAGAUUGAAGCUCAUUUAACAAUGUAUGAAGUACGAAAUAAAAAUGAGGUAAUUCUAAACAC